UAUAUAUAUCUUUCUUAUAUUCUUAUCUCCAUAGUAACAAAUAGCAUUAUGUAAAAAUGGAGAUUAAACCCAGUUAUACAUUUAUACCUCUUGCACAAAAGAAUUUUGUUGGAAUAAAUGACAAAACGAUUCAGGAAUUUCUUUCCAAAUGGGGAAUAAGAGGAAAUUUUAUUAUUCAACAUUUUGCAUUCAAUGAACCCUUUCAACAAUAUCACAAAUACCAUUUGGCUGAAGCUUUCUUUCAAGAUAAUAUUGUAACUAAGGAAUUAUUAACAAAACAAGGAAAUUAUUGGUUAAAACAAGGCAUAGUAGCAUCAAAUAUAGAAAUAAAGCCAGUUCCUUGUUCUGUCCUAAACAUGACUUUCUUUAACAAACUAAAAGAUCCCAAAAAUGGAGUUAUACAUAAGUCUGGAAUUAUUUGCAAAAGAUAUGAUAUGGAAGUAGAAAAUUUUUUAAUCUCUGAUAAUCUUAGAGCGAUGUUAUUAGAUGAAGAAUGUCCAGAAUAUAAUUUAUAUUUAAAAGAUGAACGUGAAGAAUUUAUAUUUCGUAUUUUUCAAAUGCUUGUUCUUGGAGGAAUAUUGUGUCAAUAUGAGGAUGUUUUAAAUCCAUACUUAGAAGUGACAAAGGCCAUUUAUAAAGAUUUAGUAAGAGUACAAACGAAUAAAGAUGCAGACUUGUCAAUCAGUACAAUAGUUCUACAAAUAGUGGCUAAAGAUAACAGAGGACAAGCUUAUUUUCCAUAUGAUCCACAUCAUAAGCAAAACAUAGGAUUUCUGUUAAUUGAUGGUACUACUCACGAGAUUACAACAUUCUUACAUCAGUUUGGAGAAUAUUGUCUUUUACAAUGAAUGUAAGAAGAAUUUAUACAUAUAAAAAGAAUUAUAUUAUAAGAAUAUUUUAUUAGUAUAAAACGUUAUUUAUUAUGUAAAUACUGAAAAUUUUUAUUAGUUCAUUAUAUUGUAUUGUGCAUUAUUUACAUUUUAUAUUCAACAAGGAUCUAAUACAUAAUAGUUUUAGUAAUAACAAAUAUUUUGAUUAUGCAAUUCAUAAAUACUCUUUGGUAUUACGUUAAUUGGCACUAAUGAAAAUAAAUAACUUAACAUACUGUCUGUCUUGCACUGUUUUGUCCUAUACUUCAUUUUAUACCACAUUUGGAAUCAUAUAAAUGGUAGUUUAUUUUUUCUACAUUAUGCUUGAGUUUAAUAUAACUCUAAUCACAGCACCUUUAUGAUUUGUAAACUUUGUUGUGAUAUUUUCUCCGUUCCAUUUUUAAAUACAUGUGUAACUUUCUUCAAACACUAACUGUUUAAUCCUUACAAUAACAGUAUUUUCGUAAAUGAAAUAAUGAAUUUUCUACACAUCUUGCCUGAGAUCCAUACAUAUUGAUCCUACUAACAUCUGAAA